AUGCCCGAAUUCUUGUUAGCCAAUCAGGAUGACGAUUACACAGAAUUCUCUUUUGAAAACAACAACCAGAAAAUAUCUCAACAAUCUGCUGUCAACUCUGGUGUCAUUCCUUCUCCUUCUGCUGCUAGUUCUGCUGACCACAAUGAUGAUACCAUGAUGACUCCCUCAGGUUCUGAGGACGGUGCCUCUGAUUCUGAAAAAGGUUCUUCUGGUUCUGAUGAUGGCUGUUCUAGUUAUAAAGAUGUCAAUUCUCUUUGCAUUCAUUUGGAUAACUCUGGAGUCAGAGUUAACAACAACCUUGUAGUCACAAUGGAGAUGUUGCUGGCUUCUGCUGAGAAGGACCUCAACACAAAGAAGAGCAACUACUACGCUGCUCUAGACCACUACUUGGGUGUUUCCAAGAGGGAUCCCACCUCUACUGCUGCCAAGUCUGCUUCCAAGAGUGCCAGGAAAGUACAAGAACUGUUUGCUGAGGCUGAGCAAAUCCUCAAGAACCUCAAGGCUUCCACUGCUCAUGCUUCCAAGCCUCAUGACAAGAAAAGCACUCUGGUUCUCAGUAAUAUACCUUUCCUGCAAUUGCGUUCUGAGAAUCUUCUGGUGAAGGCCAACCAUGAUGUGUUCAAUUCAGUAUAUGACUUCUGCCAAGAGUUUACCACAAACAAGCUCAAAGGCAAGGCCUACAACUGGAAGGAGACCAAAAGCAUUCUUCUGGACCACUAUGACAUGCCAUUUCACAAGUUCCUCAACAUGGGUCGUGUCUGGUGCAUGAAACAAGACAAGGAUGAAUCUGCUCGUUCUUUUGGCACCAAGUUCCAAAAGUUCUACUGCCAGGCCUUGUUGGAUGAUAGUGUUCAAUUUGUUCUCUGCUUCUGCACCAAGAUGCCCUCAAAGAUUGAGGAAAUAAUCUUGUUGUUCCAAGAUCUACAAAAAGUCCUGGGAUAUCAAGAAGACCAUGAAGAAAAACAUCUGUUUCUUGUGCAAGGCGCCUGGUCAAAGGGACACUCCUGUCCAGAACGUGAAAAGUACUUGACUAAGGUGUCAAGGAUGGCUGUCCGCUCCUCUGCUGGUAGACCAAUAAGAGCUUCCACUGUGGUUGAGGGGAGUCCCUUGUUGUCUUGCUCAGAGUACCAAGACAACACUAGUGCUCUGACCAAGAUAGUGAUACAUUGCAUGUAUACUCACAUUUCUGGUUGGCCCAAACAUAUCCUAUAUCUCUAA